AAUUUUCUUUUAAAUUUUAAAGGAAAUUGAAAAGGAAACCAGAAUAAUUUAUAAACAAUUUUUUCCCCGGAAGCAGGCGUACAAACAAAGUGCAUGAAUUCUUAAUUACCGGACAAAUAUAUCCUGAUUGGCUGUAAGUGCGUCCAUUUAUGCUGAAUUCGAAAAUUCGCGCCCAAUUCAACUAAUGAGAAUUGCUUAUUUUGCGUGAGCGACUAAUGUGUAUUCGCCUUAACGAUUGUGGAUUGGCAUUACUUUUUGCGCUCGAAUACCGCAGUUUGUUGAAAGCGUGUUGAUGUAGUAAACAUUGUUCGUAAUUAAUUAGUCAAAUUUAUAUAAUCGAAGAAUUACAAGUGUUCUUGCAGGAGUUUAAUAUUAAGUAAAAAAUUAACUUUAUUUCGUUGAUCAUAUGGCGAUUUCCGGGCGUAAAAAAUCUUUAUUGUUUUUAUAAUUUCUAGACGCCGCGCCGGGUCGCUUCUCUGUUAGACAAUCGCGACAAAUUAUUGUUCUUUUGCAUUCGAUAAUUAAAUUAUUAACUUGUAUUAUUAAGUCAUCAGAGCAAAUAAAACAUUGUUCAAUGGAACUUUUAAUCUACAUAUUUUUUCACUGAAAGUUUCGUGUUGUUAUCGACGCCAUGUGCUCUUGUAUACAUUAGGCCACGUGUCGGACGUCAAUUUUAAUUUCCCGAUUAGAUUUUUUGUUUCGAACAGUAAAGUAAUUCUGAAUUUUUGUAAAGAAGUUUAUAAAAAUAGUGUGCUUAAUAGUGGAAUUGUUUGUAGAGAAUGCAGUCGCAAAAUUGUUAAACAUUUUGGAAACAAAUGAACUGACAGCAUUGUUAGAUUUUACAAGAAAUAUUAAUGUAUUUAGACAUGAAAAAACAUUUCUGUUUACUGUUAAUUAUAAAUAGUUUUUGGUAAAGUGUUGAGAAAUUAUAUUUUGAUCCUGUUGCGCGUUGAUCGAAAGUGUGCGGAGAAAUAUCAAAAUGGAAAUUGUACGUCACCCGGAACGGCCUGAUACUUGUAUUUAUUAUCUACUUUUCAAAUAUCCAUCUACAAAAAGGCGAUCAAAGAAAAUUUCAAAACGACAGAAGAGUAAUAGAGGAACGAUGGGCAGUGCAGAGAAUCGCGAUUCAGGUGUUGCCGACGUGGAGGUUUGUUCUUAUCCCGGUUCCUCUUCUGAGAGAUCAGAAACGACUGAUAUGGACAACCAUUUGAAGAGAUCUGCACUCAGCAAUUCACUUCUCGAUAUCCACGAACAAUGUGAGUUAUACUUUUCACAAUAUUAUCACUAA